AUGGUGGAAAGGGAGAAACUUGUGGUCGAGGAAUCCUCUGAGGCCACGCCAUUGCUGCGAAAGGCGGCACCCAUCAUAUCUGCGCAGGAAUGCCGGCAACAUAAACAACUGCUCCGAUGUUUCUGGAGCUUGAAGCAGACGGUCUCAAAAGUGGAAGGUCUAUUCAAGGCCGAAUAUGUCCACGAAAUUAAAACUGAAUCAGACCCGAUAGCCCGACACUCCAUGGUGGAGGAACGUCGAUGGUCAAUCUAUGUCUCACGGGCUAUCCAUCGCUUUUCCGUCUGGUGGGCUCAUUUACCAGCCCUGGGCCCGCCAGGGCUUGAAUCAAGUCAAGUAUCGGAAAAGCCGUACAGGCAGCAUGGCGGAUGGGCAUGGACAAGGGAUCAGAUGCCUCCAUUAGAUGUUCUGAUGGUCCUCCAUGCAUUGAUGCUACAUCAUAAAACCUUCGGGGAGGAUUGUUUUCGACAUCAAAAGACGGCACUAUGGAACGAAGGAUUCCCCCUUCAGCUGGCCUCACGAUGUAUCGAUCAGGAUAGCCUCACUUAUUCGUGUCCCGAGACCUGCAGGUUACACUUCGAGAAUGUGACAAAGCUGGCAUGGGACAACCUUGGUGACUCAGAGGAUCUUUCUAUCGAAUGCUUCCGAUGUCAAGCACAAACCGUUGUGCCGUGGACGACACGGCGCGGAAAAGGCCUCGCAGAUAAUGGGUUUGUACAAUUGUGCCAAUCUUGCAAGUUUAUCCUACGAAGAGAUGCUCUUCUUGUUCAGAAGCUCCGUCGGGAUCUUCACCUACUGUUGGAGAAAAAUAUUCCACUGCCCGGGACAUGCUUCGCGUCGCUCUCCAACCUCUUGCUAGGCUGGAUAAAAUGA